AUGCGCUCUCUCGCGUCAGCCUUCAGUCGCCGCCUCGUCGGCCCUCAAGCAUCGGCUCUCUCGCUUCGAGGAGGCGCGGGAGCGCGACUCGGCUUCGGACGUCCACCCGCUUCCGAGCUACCAGAGAGCGAUGAGCUGACGUGGUACGACGGCACGCCCAACCCUGAGACGGCUACAGACACCAUCCUGCCGAACCUGCCGUCUGUGAGUCGCCCCUGCCACCACGGCGCUGCAGUGGCUAGCAGCAGGGCUGUCAGUGCUUGCCCUCGUGGGUCUUGCUGCAGUUGUCAACGACAAGCCCUCUCGAGUCCCCUGGCUUUGCCCUCCGUUUGGAACCAUUGCCUCAAUCUUUUUCCCCUCCGCUCUCCCUUCUCUCCUCUCUCCUCAUACCAACCACCACAGACCACGGCACUGCAGUGGCUAGCAGCAGGACUCUCAGUGUUUGCCCUGGUGGGUCUUGCUGCAGUGGUCAACGACAAGCCCUCGCGAAUCCCCUGGGCCCCCCGUGAGUUCCCGUACGACGACGGUCUUCCCGAGUGCACCAAAGACAAGCUGCCCGCCUGA